CGGAGCUCCUCUACUCUUAGUGCAGUUUCCAGAUGCAGUCAGAGUAACUCAGAGGAAAAAGUUCAGAGCAGAAGAACACAGAUCACGGAUUACACUUUAAUGCUUGGAAGUGGAUUUUUGGCCUCAGAUUUUUACCAUGUAAAGGCAUCUUUUGAAGUUUUCUGCCCUCUGUCAUAACCAUAAAUUAUACUUUUUUUUGUCCCAGAACUUUUUUACUUUAUUUAUCCCCAUUUCUAAGUGUGGACACAUGGAUUGAUCAGAAGUUUCACAUGUUGGAAUAAUGUCUGACUCCUCCUGGAUUGAUCGUUAUUCUUGGAUUUAACGCUUGCUUAAGAAAAUACUUUUAACUGUAAACUAUAUUUUCUAAAACUAUGGGAUUUUGUUUAAAAGUUCAAUUGUUAACAGCCUUUAUCUCCUGUAUUAAGGUGGUACAGCCUGCGAAGCAUCCAGGCCUGCAGGUGUUGGCCACAGCCUCACAUUACUGGCCUCUGGAUGCCGUGGACGAGAUCCAUGAACUGUGGGACCACAUUGGAAACAGACCAGGUUAUGUUAACGGCAGUAACAUAAAUAUUGUUGAAGGAAUGGUCAAUAAAGGCAUCUUCUUGAAUGGAGAUAACGGUGGUACUUUUCUUCACUUUGGAAACUACCAGAACUCCUGCAUUAGUGACCCCACUCUGUGUGGUCCUGAGGGAAUCACCUUCUCGUUUUUCUGGAAAAACCAUGAGGCAGAGUCCCGCUUUGCCGUGGCCUCUGGAGGGAAAGUUAUCUCCAAUGGUUUCUCCGUCUACACCAAUCCUUUUGGAGGAUACGUGGAGUUUUACACUCGAGGAAACUAUCAAAGAUGGAAGGCCAACAUCAGAGUUCCAGGGCCUUACUGGACCCACAUUCUCUUCACAUGGACAAAAAAGGUUGGCCUCAUGGUCUACAUCAAUGGGACAUACACCACGGGUGACAGAGACGGAAGUUUGUCAGAGAACUAUGGGGACCCCCACCCUGACCUUGUCAUAGGAACUGGCAAUGACAGAGCAUACGGUCACUAUGUCACAGGCGCCUUUGACGAAUUUGUCAUCUGGGAAAGGGCUCUUUCACCUCGGGAGAUCCUGCUCUACUACUGUGCAGCAACAGGUCAGGAUAUAGUUUUUCCCACAACACCAAUACCCUCCCAAGAAGUCACUUCAACAACACCAGCAGCUAGAGCAACUGAGGUGAGUCCUCCUGACGACAGCAGUGAGCAUGUGGAGGGUCAGAGCUCUGCAGACCCGCAGGCCAUGCCAGUGCUGGGCUUCCUGAAGGGGAUGCCAAAUAGGACCAUUCCUCACAACACUGCCAACAACCUCACACAGGCUUUUCUCAAAAGUGUGGAAGAAGUGCUCUCCCCUCCAAUGGUGCCAGAGCAGUCCAUCCCUGUGGUUAGUGGUCUGAUCGCGAUCGUGGACAGAGUGAUGGAACAUAUGGUGACUAACCUGGAGCCCACCCCGAACUCCCUCAUCUCCCUCGGUGGAACAUCUUUUGUUGCCGAUUACUCUCUGAUGAAACUCCCGCAGAACUACAACCUGCAACAUUACCGCUUUCCUGAACAGGGCAAGAGCUACAUCUCGGUGCCAGGAGAGGCUUUCACCAUGCAGUCUCAAACCACCAUUGUUGGCCUUUACUACCACAACAUGCACAACUACUACAAAGAAAUCAGCCCCAUUAAAACCAGGAUAAAUGAAGCAGCUGACUUCAAGGAUCACAAAAUUCAAGUAGCAAGCUGUCUAAUCUCUUUAAAAGUGGAGCCUUCACCGGCACUGUCAGUCAACCUCUCUGGAGCUCCACUUAUCAAGAUCGUCCUCACCCACGUCCUGACUAAAGAGCAGCAGGAGCAAGUACUGAACCAGAGCAACAAAGUCUUCCUCUACUGUGCUUUCUUGGACUACAGUUCAAUCGAGGGCGUGUGGUCAAACGAAGGAUGUGUACGCUCAGAUGGAAACAUGUCGUACUCCGUGUGUUUGUGCAACCACCUCACCAACUUUGCCAUUCUCAUGCAAGUGGUGCCCUUAAAGCUCACCACUGGCCACAGGGUGGCACUGUCAACCAUUGGUUAUGUUGGCUGCUCAAUAUCGAUUUUCUGCCUUGCCAUCACUCUGGUCACCUUUGCAGUUCUGUCGUCAGUGAGUACCAUCCGUAACCAGCGGUACCACAUCCACGCCAACCUGUCCUUCGCCAUCCUGGUGGCUGAGAUCUUACUGCUCAUCAGCGCACGCUUCGACCCCGGCACGCUGCCGUGUAAGAUAAUGGCCAUCCUGCUUCACUUCUUCUUUCUGAGCGCCUUUGCUUGGAUGCUGGUGGAGGGUCUCCACCUUUACAGUAUGGUGGUUAAAGUGUUCGGCUCUGAGGGCAGCAAACACUUUUAUUACUACGGCAUUGGCUGGGGCUCUCCGUUGGUAAUAUGUGUGGUGUCCAUGACAUCAGCUCUGGACAGCUACGGCGAGGUUGACAACUGCUGGCUGUCGCUGAAGAACGGAGCCAUUUGGGCCUUUGUAGCACCGGCUCUCUUUGUCAUUGUGGUGAAUAUUGGCAUUUUGGUAUCUGUGACCAGGAUUAUAUCGAGAAUCAGCGGAGAAAGUUACAAGAUUCAUGGAGACGCCAAUGCAGUCAAGCUGACCGCAAAGGCAGUGGCUGUGCUUCUUCCUAUACUUGGCAUUUCCUGGAUCUUUGGCGUUCUUGCUGUCAACACGCACUCUUUACCAUUCCUGUAUAUUUUUGCUAUUUUUAACUCAUUACAAGGGUUCUUUGUCUUCUUGUUCCACUGUCUUCUCAACUCUGAGGUCAGGGCUGCUUUCAAACACAAGACCAAGGUGUGGUCUUUGACCAGCAGCUCCAUCCGAAACAUCAAUGUGAAACCGUUCAACUCUGACAUUAUGAAUGGAAACAAGGAGGGUGUAACUCCCACAAAGAUGAACACAUGGGACAAAAGCACCAACUCAGCCAAUCGAAUUGACCUCUCUGCUGUGUAGAAAAACAGACCCACACUCGCAUCCAUCUGUGGCAGGAGAGCAGUCGGGGGUGUAGAAUGACAAACACUGGCCAGAAUAUUCUCCCACUAUGUUAUGUAAUGAUUUGGACACUGAUACGUUCAGUUGAAUAAAGGAGGUGUGUGGAUGAAUAAUCGCUUCACCUUCAAAGACAAACAGACUCUGACGACUGUGCCUUAUGUUGUCUUACAAUAACACACAUUGUAGCCAAAAAAUGAGUAGGGAUUUAGAGGAGGUCAGUGUAGUUACAGAGAGAUCCAUGAGUCCAGCAUUAAUGUCAAGUUGAUUUACUCAGUUCCUUAACAAAAUAGUUUAACAUUUGGGGGAAGUGGCUCGUUUUGCUUUCUUGCUAAGCGUAAGAUGAAAAGAUUGCUACUAUUUUCAGGUUUUUUGGUAAAUAUGGAGUCACUAACAGGAGCUGGUUAGCUCAACUUAGCACAAAGAUUUGAAAUAAAUGAAACAGACAGCUUGGUUGUAUUUGGUCAACCUUUGAACAGGUAGCUAAGCUAUUUUAUGCUAUUAUCUAUUCGACUGCUAGCCAAGCUAUUUUUAGACUGAUAAUAGUAAAGCAGCUAGACAAGCUACACAUAUAAGCCAAAAAAUUGUUAAACAGCUAGCUGCCUUGAUAAAGCAGAUGUUUUAGGCUUAUAAAUUUUAAAAAAGCUAUCCUUAGGUUAUUUACAAUAAACAGCCGGGUAGGCUAUCUAUAUGAUAAUAGCCCUAAAGUAAAAGUAAGUGAUCUUUAACCUAACACAGUAAAACAGCGAAGAAAGCAAUCUUAAGGUUAAUAAAGGCUAAACAGCUUAACAAGGAAUGUUUUGGCAAGGCAAGUUAUAUUCAAGCUAGCCAAGCCAGAUUAAGGUUAAUAGAUUUAAAACAUCUGGUCAAGCUAUUUUAAGGCUUAUAUUUGCCAAAAGAUAGCUUGGUCAGCUCUUUUUCCCUGUUAUUUACAGUAAUUAGCAAGAUACCUUGAGGCUUACAAGAAUUAAAUGGCUUGCCUAACAGUCAGUGUAACUAGCCAAGCCAUCUUUAGGCUAAUAACGGUAAAACAGCUGGCCAAGUUAUCUUAAGAUUAAUAUUUCCCAAAAGAUAGCUUGGUCAGCUGAUUUACUGUUAAAUAACAAUAACUAAAAAAGCUAUCUUUUGGUUAAUAAGUGUUAAACGGCUAGCCUAGUCAUCAGCAUAAAUAGCCAAGCCAUCUUCAGGUUAAAGCAGUAAAACAGCCGGCAUUUGGCUAAUAACAGUAAAACGCCUGUUUAAGCUAUCUAAAGGCUAAUAAUGAAUGCUAAACAGGUAGUCAAUCAAUCUCGGGGCUUAUAAAAGGAAAACAUAUAGCCAAGGUUAAAUGUGAUAUUACAGCUAGCCAAGCCAAUUUAAGGCCAGUUACAUAAAAACAGCUUUCAAGCUUUCUUGAGGCUAAUAUUUGCCAAAACAUAGCUUGGUUAGUUGUUUUUCUGUUGUUUAUCAGUAAUUCGAAAGAUAUCUUGAGUCUAACAAGUAUUAAACAGCUUGUCUAGCAGUCAGUAUAACUAGCACUAGCAAAGCCAUUUUAGAUCUAUAACGGUACAGCUAGCCAAGCUGUCUGUUACUUAAAAACUGAAGAACAGCUAGCAAAGCUAUCUUUUGGCUAAUAAACAGUUUGCUAAGCUAUUAUGUAAACAAACAUCGUAAUAGCCAUUUAUAUGCGCUUAGCUUGUGCUAAGCUUAGCUAACCUGCUUCAUAAACACAGACUGUGGCACCAAUGUUUUCAUCAAACAUUUGGCUAGCUAACAGCCCCACCCAACAUGUUUUGAGUUGUUGAGCCAUUACAGCAGCAGUCAUGCAGAUUAUAUGACAUUUUAAAAAAAUGAUGAGGUUAUGGACAGUAUUUUUAGCAUAUGGGGUAACAUUUCAUAACUAGAAUAGAAAGGACCAAGGGACAUUUUUCCUUGAACAUAGUGUUAGAGGAAUGCCUUCAAAUCAAUCACCAUCUGUUAGUGGUAUUAUCCUCAUAGAGAACAAAAGUCUUUUUUUUUAUCUAAAUGAGUUUUUCCAACAUUCACAAACCUUACAGUUUUUAUCCAAAUAUGUAGAUAGCAUAACACAACUUCACCACAACAAAAAGAAAUAAAUCAACUGUGCAUUUGACCUUAUGUAAUUCUGAUUUAAUGUAUUUAUUUAUUUUGUGAUUCUGAGUUCUCUAUCAUGUUUUCUGCAAAGUGUCACAGCUUAACAAUCAGCAUCGUCUCAUUUUAAAUUCUGUGACUAUUUGUGUGUUUUCUUGCUUUUUGAGGAUUAAUGAAUCUUUAUUGUGUGUAUUGGACAAAAUUCUGUGAAGUUUAAUGGGUUGUAUUUCUUAAGAUUUUUCUUUUGCUUAUUUCUUUUACAUUUUCUACAUUUUGUACAAAUAUGAAAAUAUGAACAACAGAGGGACUUGAUAAGGAUGUUUUAUUCUUAACAUACUGUGAGAAUGGUGGAGAAUUUCAUAUGUUUCAAUGAUCUUACACUGUACCAAUAUCUGGUUCCUUAAAACAUGAUUUACUGUAUGUCACUCUACACUCAAAUUUUUUGCGACUUUUUUUUCCCAUUGUUUCUUGCUUUUAUGACCUUUUAUGAAUGUUUUCUUAUGGUACUAUGGUUUGUGCUUCAAGUUAUCUUUGUAAUAAAAUGUUUA